AUGACCAUUGAUCACGACAUUAUUGUUGGGAAUGAGCCCACCAAAGUGACGCUCAAAACUGAUCUGCAUGAGAGGCAAGCGUCUGUCCCGUCUAACGCCAAACGGGGAAUCGUGACGCUCGAACGUAUCAUCCUCAACACGCCUGCUGAUAGUCCGGAGUCUGCUUGCAUUCAGACAAGGGCCAUUCUCGCUCAGUUCUCAAGUGAUCUGGAGUUUGAAGAAAAAUUGCAGAUCAGAUUACCAAGGCUUCUGGAGAAAGUUUUGAUAACUGGUCUUGAUUACUUUCUCGCGCAAUACGCCGCUUCCAAGGAAAAUGAGGCAAUCACAAGCUCACAAUAUAACGCAUUGGUUUGCUGUUGCGAGUCUAUUAUGAUUGUAUACUGCAGAUGCAGUUAUCAUUCUUCCAUUCCGGUGGCUAUAACCGGCGACGUACUGGAGAAGCUAUGGAAGUGCUGUAUUGCUGUGUAUAAAGAGGACUACGAACGUGGUGAUGUUACCGUUAGUGCUCUUGUCGGCAUCCUCUCCAAUAGCGAUUUACCGGAGCACGUUUUAAGCGCUUUUAGGGAGGAUGUGGUUAUUUCUAUGAGGAGCACACAUGGUUCAAGGUUCAAGCAAUUCGUGCAGCCGCUGACAGAGAUAUUGAACAUUGAGUACUACAAAGGACAGACACCCGGAUCAGGUCUUUUGGGGUCUAACUCCCCAAAUUCUGCUAUCUUACACUCCUCUAACGGUUACGUGAUGGGUGAGCAGAUCGCGAAGGAACCUAAAUGGAUAGAGAUAUUUAACGCUGAUAAAUCCACAAGGAUGACACAAAGGUAUCAGGAAAUUGGUUCUGUUUCACAUCAACUGACACAGAAAACGGUUAACACUGGUAUCUCGGGAAGAUUGAACCAAACGCUAACUGCACAGGCUCAUACCACUGAAGGUGAGCAGCUAAAUGGGAUUGAACGGUUCUGGGAAAAUUUGAGGUCCAAAUUUGUCCGAGCAGAUAAAAGAAAAAAGGAGAUGUCUUAUGCAGAUCAUUGCCGUCUAUUCCGUGUGCUCUGGGCACGGUUUUCAGAGAAAUUCUGGAACUACUGGUAUCCACUUCAAGAGAGACCUGCCAGCAGAGGCAUCAAGACCAAAGCACAUUACCACCAAAGAUCCACUUCCAAUAACAGAAGGAAAGGACCAAGGCAAUACGUGGUUGGGAAUCUUUCCAGAAGAGUGCGCAAGAAAAAGGGUGCUGGAAGAAGAAGAGCGUUUCGAGCCGCACGGUCGUUUCAACACACCCACAUAAAGUGGCCCAGCUAUAUCUUCAAACAAGGAAGAAAAGCCGAUUUGCAGAGAAAACUACAUGAAAAAGCUGAGAGUUUUGCUUUUCAAUUCAGGGGACAUUUCGAUUAA